AUGGACACCUAUCCAUUUCGAUACAACUUCCACUCACACUCCAACUUCGACUCCAUUCACAAGACAUCACCGAUCUCAUCCACAACGAUGAAGCUCUCCAUCCAGCUCGUCUACCUCGCGGCCACCUUCUUCGCCGGCCAAGCCCUCGCCGCGCCCGCCGCCGAAGCCGAUGCCGAUGCAGCCCGCGCCUACCCGAACUGCAACAAAAUUCGGGAGCCCGAACUGCAACUGCAAGGGUUUCCACUGCAACGGGUACAUGUGCGUGCGCAACUAGACUCCAUCUCGUCUGGUCCAAGUCGCCACAGCCGCCGAUCCUCUGAUGGGCGAACGAAUGGGACCGAACGUGGGUCUCGACAUCCGAUGUUCUCGCGACGGACGGAGUGA